AUGGUGAAGAGAUUCGUGGUUUUCGUACUCAUUGACGGGCUGGCCGAUGCAUCGCUGGAAGAGCUGGGUCAGCAGACACCGCUAGAGGGAGCGCAAACACCUGCCAUGGAUGCCAUUGCUCAUGGAGGUCUGACUGGACUUAUGGAUCCCGUGGAGCCUGGAUAUGCUUGUGGCAGCGAUACGGCGCACAUGUCCAUUCUAGGCUACAAUCCUAUCGUUCACUACUGUGGACGCGGAUCUUUCGAAGCCAUGGGUGCCGGGCUGAUGAUGAGGAAGGGAGACAUUGCCUUUAAAUGUAAUUUUGCAACGGUAAAGGAGAAUGAAGACGGUCAAAUGAUAGUUGAAAGGCGGCGUGUAGACCGCAAUUUUCCCGCUUGGGGCAUUGAGCUCUGUAGCUUUUUAGACGGACUGUCUCUUCCGGAAUUUCCUGAUUUACUGGUGGCUACAAAAUAUGCAACUGAACACAGAUGUGGAAUUGUCUUCAAAGGUCGUGGACUUUGUGACAAAAUAACGGGCACCGACCCACUAAAAGAUCACUUGCCACUAGUGUCAUCGAAGCCACUAAAUGACACACCUGAGGCUAUGUAUUCAAGCAAGGUUCUAAAUGCUGUAUCGAAUGCCAUUUAUGAACGGCUGUCGAAUCAUCCGAUCAACAAGGCACGUAGAGCUGAAGGAAAGCCACCGGCCAAUGUCGUGUUGCUACGUGGUCCAGGUGAGCGAAUUGAUGUGCCGACAUUUACAGAAAUGCAUGGCAUGACUCCUUUUAUGAUUGCUCCAACAUGCAUCAUCGCUGGUUUGGGCAUUUCGCUGGGCUUUGAACUUGUGUCUGCCCCUGGUGCCACUGGAGAUUACCACUCCAAUUUGCGGUCAAAAGCUAAAACCGCAUUAAGUGUGCUUCGUGACGACAAAUUUGACUUUGGUUUCAUCCACAUCAAGGCAGUGGAUGAUGCCGGUCACGAUUGUGACGUAGCUAAAAAGGUACACUUUACAGAGCUUGCGGACGAAAUGAUAGCUCUAUUGUUGGAAGGAAUUCAUGCUGAUUUUGGCGAAAAAGACAGUGAAAUCACCAUUGUCGUCACUGGUGACCACACAACACCUGUUAAAUAUGGAGAUCAUACAUUUGAGCCGGUGCCAUUUGCUAUUGCACGUGUCGGAGCUGCGUACAAGAGGCUGCAAAGCUGUAGGAAUGCUUCUAAUCCGUACGAGUCUUUAGCAGGUCCAUUGACAGAUGAGGUGACCCGAUUUUCGGAAGUGGCUGUGGCCAGCGGUGCUCUUGGUCGGUUUUCAGGAGACCAAGUCAUGAAGCUCGUCAAAGAAUUUCGAGAUUAUUAA